CUGCCGGUAUUUUGCGCCAAACAAUCAGAGCUCGAAACGUUGCAAAGUGUCGAGAUCGCGAUCUCACAGACGAGCUGAAUGGUGGGGAUCACACAACCCCGCUGGCAUCUGCCAAGUAGUCCGUGCGCACCGCUUAAGCUCACCAGAUGAACCCUUGCCCAUAUGCAAGUGCCGCCCUUGUCAGUGACAGCAUCGCUGCCGAGCUACGUCAUUGGCGCAAAUGUCGGGAGCGGUCACGUUCAUCCCAUGUUUCAACAGCCCAUUUCGGAGGGCUUUUUUGAACACUUCUUCCACCGGCCCAGACCACGACCCCAACUGCAUUCUCUCUGCUUGGCUUCAACCUCUUCGCAAUCCUUUGUUGGGUAUUUUUCUGGACCACAGGGGAUCCACCAUCUCCUCCAGUUGUCCCCGCCGAUCAAAGCAGCCACUUGCCUGCUCGCGAACUAUCGUCGCGCCGGCUCGUCUUGGCAAAAAGAUCUCUUCUUGUUGUGUUUUUUUCUUGCUGUUGUGACCCCGACCUCCUCUCACGCCGUCGCCUGAUCACGCAGGCGGAACACUUGGAAUAAAACGUGCAGACCGUCCGCUCGUCUUUGCAACUCUAUUUUCUCGCCACGAACCAAAACCACACGUCAUACAAGUGGCUGAUACGACAAAAUGGCGAUUGGGAAUUUCACGCUGAGCUAUCUGCUCUUCACAAUCCUCCACUUCUGCCAGUUUGUCCUCGCCAUUGCCGUCUGCGCUCUCUAUGGCGUCGAACUGGACCGCGCCCGUAAGGCGAACGUGAGCGGUGAUUCCAAAUGGAUCUACGCAGAAGUAGUAGGCGGCCUCUCCGCCCUGACAGCCCUCCUCUACUGCAUCCCCUACAUCCUCCGCUUCGCCGCCAUCUGGGUCUGGAACCUCGUGCUCUUCAUCCUCUGGAUCGUCCUCUUUGGCAUCUUUGGCAAAAUGUACAUCAAUGAGAACCCAGAGGGCAACCACGACAUUGUGCGCAUGCGGAGCGCCGUCUGGGUCGUCCUUGCCAACGCCAUCCUCUGGCUCGUCAGCUUCAUCGCCAACCUGACCUACUGGUGGAUGCACAAGGAGAGGAGGAGCAGGUUUACCAGCCGGGCCAAGGUUUAG